CGCGGGCCAUGGCGGGCGAGGACCACCAGUGGCAGGGCAGCAUCCUCUACAACAUGCUCGUGAGCGCGAAGCAGACGCACGCGGCCCCGGAGGCGCCCGAGGCGCGGCUGGGGGGCGCGUGCUGGGGCUGUUCGUGCGGCUCGGAGCCCCCGGUGGGCAGAGAGGGGCUGCCGGGUGGGCGGGCAGGGUCGCUCCUGUACCGCUGCUGCUUUUGCGGCGAGGACCACCCGCGGCAGGGCAGCAUCCUCUACAGCAUGCUCACGAGCGCGAAGCAGACGCACGCGGCCCCGGAGGCGCCCGAGGCGCGGCUGGGGGGCGCGUGCUGGGGCUGCUCCUGCGGCUCGGAGCCCCCGGCGGGCAGAGAGGGGCUGCCUGCCGGGCGGACCAUGGCGCUUCUGUACCGCUGCUGCUUUUGUGGUGAAGACCACCCUCGCCAAGGCAGCAUCCUUUACAGCUUGCUCACGAGCGCGAAGCAGACGCACGUGGCGCCACAAGCGCCCGAGGCGCGGCCGGGGGGCGCGUGGUGGGACCGCUCCUACGGCACCCAGGGCCUGGAGGGCAGAGGGGAGCUGCCGGGCCGGCCGGCAGUGGCGCUCCUGUACCGCCGCUGCUUUUGCGGGCAAGACCACCCGAGCCCGGGCAGCCUCCUCCAGCACUUGCCCACGAGCGCAAAGCAGACCCACGGGGCUCCCCAGGCGCAGCCCACGGCCCCUUGGUGGGGCCCCCAGUGUGGCGCGCAGCGGCGGCUGGCCCUCAAGAGUCCACAGGUGGUCUGCGAGGCAGCCUCGGCCGGCCUGCUGAAGACGCUGCGCUUUGUCAAGUACUUACCCUGCUUCCAGGUGCUCCCUCUGGACCAGCAGCUGGUGCUGGUGCGCAACUGCUGGGCGCCGCUGCUCCUGCUCGAGCUGGCCCAGGACCGCUUUAACUUUGAGACGGUAGACACCUCGGAGCCCAGCCUGCUGCAGAAGAUCCUCACCACCAGGCGGCGGGAGACCGCGGGCGACGAGCCGCCGCCUCUGCAGCCGCCGCCGCCGCCGCCGCCGCCGCCGUUGGUAUCGCCGCCCGAGGCCGGGCAUUUGCCUUCGGCCGCUGAAGUCCAAGCCAUCAAGUGCUUCCUUGCCAAGUGCUGGAGCCUGGACAUCAGUACCAAGGAGUACGCCUACCUCAAGGGGACCGUGCUCUUUAACCCGGACCUGCCAGGCCUUCAGUGUGUGAAGUACAUUCAGGGACUUCAGUUGGGAACUCAGCAGAUCCUCAUUGACCACAUCAGGAUGACACACAGGAGGCACCAAGCCAGGUUCGCCGAACUGAACAGUGCCCUCUUCCUUCUGAGAUUCAUCAAUGCCAAUGUCAUUGUGGAACUGUUCUUCAGGCCCAUCAUUGGUUCGGUCAGCAUGGAUGAUAUGGUGCUGGAGAUGCUCUGUGCGAGGUUAUGAAGGCGUGGGGGCCCCGCAGGUGCAGUUGGCCAUGUAAGAAAAAGAAGGAGCCACAGGCAGAAGUGUUUUGAAAAAAUGACAAAUAAACUUUCUUAUUUUUAUAUGCAUACUUUUGUAUUCAAUUAAAGAAGAAUUUUAGGGGUG